GGGCACCUGCCGGUGGGCCCGCGAAUUCUUGUGCCGAUUCUGCCUUUACUGCCUCAAGGCAUCAAGGCACGCCGUCUGUUCUCCAUUUCUCCUCCUUGUCUGUCUUCCUCUCGCACCCAGCGCCAUUUCCUUCCUCCCUUAGAAGACCUCGUCGUCCGCGCUGGCAGGCCACGGGACGACGACUCCGCCGCCUUUAAAAGAGCCGCGCUGCGCGCCAAGCGAGACGCAUAUCAGAUUCCCAGUCGCGCCUCCAAGCCCACUAGCGCAACGCAAGUCGCCUCCUCCCUCGUUCAAUCCAGGUCCAGCCAUGGCGCGCCUCGGCCUCUUGGCCCUCGCAGUGGCCGUCCUCGCGCUAGCGUCCAGCGUGGCGUCGCAGGCGCCGGGGCCGGCGCCGUCGACCGACUGCGCGUCGGCGCUGGCGUACGUGCAGCAGGGGAGCACGCAGGGCAAGCCCGACAGGGAGUGCUGCGCCGGCGUCAAGGCCGCGCUGAAGAGCCCCGCCACCGUCGCCUGCCUCUGCGCCGCCGUCGCGCAGAACUACGGCAUGCCCGUCAACCUCACCCGCGGCGCCGGGCUGCCCGCGGCGUGCGGCGAAGACCAUGCCGCCUUGAGCAAGUGCAACAGUCAAGCCCACAGCUUCCGGAACGGCUCCGGCAGUCCAAAGCCCGGGCUCUUCCAAGUCGUCGUCGUCGGCGGCGGCGGCGAUCCGAUCCCCGGUCUCAGCGUUCGCCAUUGUCGUCGCUGCGACUCUGCUCUCGCACUGCCUCCUCUGAAGAUGCCCGGGUGUUUGGUGGUUUUAGUUCAUGAUGAUGAACAAGCAACGUUAGUGCGUGCCGCUUAGACGUACGCAGUCAACGGGCAUAAGGAAUCAAGCAAGAAGGACGGGGAACGCUGACUUGACGGCGGCGAUGGCGACGAGCCCCCGGUCGGCGACGGCGCUGGCAGUAAGGGCAGAAUCGGCACAAGAAUUCGCGGGCCCACCGGCAGGUGCCCAAAAUUAUCCGUGACUUCUUUUGGCGAGCACGCAAAUUGGAGUGACCCUUUUUUACGAGGUCAGCUUGAAGCCGUCUAUUUUGUAGAGCGGCAAGUACGAGCGACCUAUUUUGACAAAUUCCUCUGAGCGGUGUGGCAGCUAAAAAUCGUCGGGUGUUCGAUCGCUGAUAUGUCUGCUACUCUGCGCUGCAUCAGUUCCUCGGUUCACCAUAGAUACUUGAAAUCUGAUUUUGAAAAUAAAUUGUAGUGGAGAAACAAAAUCCCAGAAUCAAGCAAGUGCACGCUGUAUUUUCUCGGGUAACAUGCACGUUACAGAUUCUAUUA